AUGUCGCUGCAGCCCUCUUCCACUUCUUUCCCUGCAGUGACGGGCGUCGAGUCUCUCGAUCCGUCACCUCCACACCCAUACGCUGCCCAUUCCGUCACACCCUCUUCGUCGUCUCCGUUUCCUUCGUCUCUUCCUACUGCUCUCUCUUCUUCGUUUCCCGCGCCCGAUGAACCAGACGGCGACGUGAAUGCUUCUUCAGACGACCAUUCUUCUCUCUCGAACUUCAGCAGUGACGGUGGAAACGACAGCGACGACGACGUCCGGGCCGCCCCCGCGAGUCCAAACCACGGCGACCCUGAGGGUCCGACCAAACGCGCGAAAGUUGCGGGAGACGCGACAGCCGAGGGCAAAGCUCAUCGAAAGCCUCGCGACAAAUCCGCGACCGCCAGUGACCGCCACCGCCGAAAGAUUGCGAAACUGUACUUUAAAACUCUGCACUGCCUGACAAAGUUGACGCUGCUCUUGGAGGACGGGACCGUUAUUCUCCCCCCGGGAAAGGCCGACAACAAAGGGAGUCGCCGCCUCUCGAAACUUCUGCUCCGCUACGACCGCAUGCUGAUGAAACUCGAGGCGUACAUGUCUUCAAGCUCGCAGCUCGCCAACGCGUCUGUCCCCGUCGGACUUCUCCAGGCCUUGGACAAGAAUGUGGAUCCCGUAGACUGGCUAAAACGCUGCGUUCUGGACGUCCACAGGGAGAAAAACGACCAGCUGCGUGGCGUGUACGACGCCUUCGGGGCUUAUGAGGCCACUCUGCAUGACGCCAUACGCUACAACGCAUGCGACCGCCUUCUUCCUCGUUUUCCUCGUUUUUCUACUCCGGCCUCGGCUCCUUCUUCUGGCCCUCCUUCAUCGUCUGCAAGUGCUGAGUUUCCUCCUUCCAGUCCUUCCCCCUUUCCUUCCUCUCAUCCGUCUUCCUUGCGUUCCUCUUCUGCUGUUACGCUUCCUUCCCCGUCGCCACAGCCCACGUCUGAAACGAUCAAUGCAGCAAGUCAUGCGAGCUGA